UUCACGUGCGAAUACAUUCGUAUGUGACGGUUUUGAGGACGUGCUCGCGUAUAUAAAAAUAUAUAUUAAAAGUCGUGGUUUAACUUUCUCGAGUUUGACGAUUUUUUUUGUGCACGAGUAAUUAACGACUUGAGAGUUAUAUACGAGAUUGUAUUAAUGUCGUUCAAGCCUAAAAUAGUUGAAAAAGAAUCCAAACGAGGGUGGAAGAAUAAAAAAGAUUUUAGAGGAUCGAAGCCCGGUUCAACGGAUGAAAACAACGAACAGAAUUCUUUACCCGUUAUCGUGUUUCAGGGUAGAACAUAUAUUCAGAGUGGCUUCGAGGGGUGCGCGAUGAUCUGCGAUGAAAUUAUUCGCAGAAUCGAGAAAUCAGAUGAAACUUUCGUACCUAUUGGAUUUGAUCUGGAAUGGCCUGUCAUUUAUUUUCAAGAAUCCAAUAAUUUGACCAACAAAACAGCUCUUGCUCAACUGUGUUUAUCGCCGAAAACUUGUCAUCUUUUUCACCUUUACUAUAUCUCCAAACUACCAGCUGCUUUCAGCCUCCUUCUCUCUCAUCCAAAGGUCAAGCUCGUUGGUGUAAAUGUGGUGCAAGACAUCAGAAAGCUUGGAAGAGAUUUCCCUGAAUUACCGACUCAACAAAUAGUGGAAAAAAAUUGUAUAGAGUGUGGAAAAUUGAUGAAUGAAAUUAGCGAUAGCAAAGAGCGCUGGAGUUUAUCGAGAUUGACUGCUCAUAUGCUAAAAAAACGUUUGGAGAAACCGAGUUCUAUAAGAAAGGGUAGCUGGCACAAAUUUCCUUUAAGUCAGGCCCAAACAACAUACGCUGCGACUGAUGCUUACGUUUCGUUAUUAGUAUAUCUGCACUUAAAAUCAAAAGCCACGAGUUCAUAAUUGGAGGAAGACGACGGGUUCGUCGAAUUUCAGCGAUGUACGAUUUUUCAACAAUUUUAAAAGCUUAAAAGACAAAAUAACGUCGCGAUG